CUGCAGAUUCUUGUUUCUAUCUCAGCUGAAGUUCCUGUGAAGCUGGGACUCCUUUGAUCUCUGUAGAAUAUAAUCGAAAGAAGACUGUAGAGAACAUGUGAAGAUGAAAGAGAUUUGUUAUCAUUUGAAUAAAGAAAUAGUUUCCUCCUCCUCCUCCUCCUCCUGCACAUGCGCAGACCGUCGCUGCUCCAGUUUGAGGAAGUUUCACUUUUUACUCUGAAACUCACCUGAGCUCAUUUGGCUGUUUCCUGUUUGUUUGUUUGAUCUAAACCUCUGACACCACGUGGCGCUUCGACAGGACGACGCAGAUAUGACGUCAGCAUCUGACCUGGAGCAGCUCGCGGACAUUGAGCUGCAGAGGGAGGAAGAGGAGGAGGAGGAAGAUCAGACGUGUGUCACAGACGCUCCAUCGUCAGUCCUUCCUGACUCCUCCCACCCGUACUAUGACGUGGCUCGACACGGCAUCGUCCAGGUCUCAGGAGACGACAAGUACGGCAGGAAGUUGAUCGUCUUCAGCAGCUGCUGUUUGCCUCCAUCGCACCAGCUGAACCACCGGCGGCUGCUCGAGUACCUGAAGUUCACGCUGGACCAGUACGUGGAGAUGGACUACAUCCUGGUGUAUUUCCAUCACGGUCUGAGGAGCAGCAACAAGCCGUCGAUGAAGUGGUUACGAGAAGCGUACAACGAGUUCGACAGGAAGUACGUCACCUCGCUGUUCUCCCUGGAACCCGAAGACGUUCUUAAACUAAAGUCCUCACUUUGUUUCAGAUACAAGAAGAACCUGAAAACUCUUUACGUCGUUCAUCCCACAAACUUCAUCCGAAUCUUCUGGAACAUCUUCAAACCUCUGAUCAGCCACAAGUUUGGGAAGAAGUUGACGUACGUGAACUUUCUGGACGAACUGAGAGAACACGUGAACUACGAGCAGCUCAUCGUCCCGCCUGACGUCCUCAGACAUGAUGAAAAGUUACGAGCGGCUCAGAAAGGCGGAGCCCCUCCCUCAGUGAAGACGCCGCCGCCCCGCCCCCCCCUGCCCACUCAGCAGUUUGGAGUCAGUCUUAAGUACAUCAGAGAGAAGAACCGGGACGAGCUGAUUCCUCCUGUGCUGCUUCAGACGGUUCGAUACCUGAAGGAGAACGGUCUGAGGACAGAGGGACUCUUCCGGCGCUCGGCUCGUGUUCAGCUCAUUAAGGACGUUCAGAAACUCUAUAACCUCGGGAAGCCUGUGAACUUUGAUCUUUACGGUGACGUCCAUGUUCCGGCUGUGAUCCUGAAGACGUUUCUCAGAGAACUUCCUGAACCUGUGCUCACGUUCCGAGUCUACAGCCAAGUCCAGGACAUCCUCAAUGUGGAGAACAUCCUCCGAGUGACGAGGUGUAAACAGAUUGUUGAAAGUCUUCCUGAACAUAAUUUCAUCGUGGUGAAGUUUCUGCUGAGUUUCCUCCACAUGGUGUCUCAGGAGAGCAUCAUUAACAAGAUGAGUGCGUCCAACUUGUCGUGUGUGUUCGGGGUGAACCUGGUUUGGCCUCGUCAUGGUUCCAUCUCCCUCACGGCUCUGACGCCCAUCAACAUCUUCACCGAGCUGCUCAUCGAACAUUUCCACACCGUGUUCGCUUCUCGCCGUGCGGCUGGAGAAGUGGCGCCCUGAGGCAGCAGGUCGGUGCAGCUCUGGAUCCACGGACACGUUUCUCUACAUUUAUAAAGAUCUGCUUUGUGUCAGACUGAAUAAAGUCUGUUCUCAGGAUGCUUUGACCUUUAGCUUGAAAAAGAGCAGAUUGACUGAACCCUCCUCAGCCGCUGUCUCCAGAGGUUGAACCCUCCACUCGGAGGCUUUGAUGUUUCACUGUCGUGCUGCUAUGAGCUUGUUAGUUCUUUGUAUUUCAGGUGUUAGAGCUGCUUGUUUUCUUCACCUUCUCCACCCACAUUUCAUUCUGACAACGUCCAGUCGAUAAACAGUAAAAACAAAACAUGCCUUUAAAUAAAUAAAUAGUCAUUUAUUAAUGUUUUGAAUUCACGUUUCAGCAGAACAGAAGCUUCUGGUUUGAGUCCUAAUAAAUAAAACCUGGAAAUGUGAUAGUUAAUGUCUGGAAACGGUGACCUUUGACCUUUUUAAUACCAAAAUGCACUUGUUACAUAUGAAUAAAUCACCUGAAAGUUCAAAACGUGUUUGUCGAGGUCAGAGAUUUUUAUUGAAGUGAACAUUUGAUCUUAAUUCUGUGUAAAAGACAAAAACUCACUGGAAUCAAAGGUUUUGUUCUUGAAUUUGUUUAUUAAUGAUUCAAUUUUUUGUAAGAACUUGGUACAAAAAAGUGAGACUACUCUUUAACCAUUUACCAACGUCCAUCCAUCAAGUUUUUAAUGCAUCAUAAAGAAGAAAAAACUACAUUGGCAUAUUUAAGACAAACACUUUCCUAUACACACUAUCCACUGGACAGUCCCCUUGACAAAGAAACUUCUACUUCAACAGACAUUUUCAUUUCCAUCUAAACGCCCUCGUCGUGUCGGCGCCUCCUUGUGGCGUAAAUCAUACAAAGAGUCAGAAUGCAGAACCAGCAAACGAUAGAAAUGUUCUGUUCUUUUUUUUGCUCCUUGAUAAAAGAAUAUAAAAAUGUU